AUGCGUAUACUUAUUACAGGAGCCUCCGGUCUAUUGGGUCGAGCUGUUUACAAAUAUUUUAAUGAUUCGGGUCAUCAAGUACUUGGUUUAGCUAAAAGUCGUUUAAAGAAUGCUGAACGAAGGCCUGAUGUUGCUGAAAAAAAUCGGGAUGCAACUUUAGAGCUUAAUGUGAAUGUUCCAGCUAAUAUCGCUACAUUUUCAAAGACCUAUAAUUUUUUGUUAAUCCAUAUUUCUACAGAUUAUGUCUUUGAUGGAAAAAAUCCACCUUAUAAUGUUGACGAUAAACCAAAUCCUUUAAAUUUUUAUGGAGAGACCAAAUAUCAAAGUGAAAUUGCCGUCCAAAAAGCGAAUUCUCAAGCUAUAAUUUUAAGGGUUCCAAUUUUGUAUGGUGAAGUAGAAUAUCCAGAUGAAUCAGCAGUUAACAUUUUAUUGGAAUCUGUCAAGUUAUCAUUUCAAGAUGUAGCUAAGGUUAUUAAGGAAAUUUCAGAAAAGGUUAUUGAACAAAAAGUUCAGAUUUCUGGAAUAUUACAUUAUAGUGGAAAUGAAAGUUUUACAAAAUAUCAAAUAUGUGAGGUGUUUUCUAAACUUUUAAAUAUUCCAAUUGAUCACCUCAAACCAGUAGAUUCUAUUCCUACAUCUGUAGCAGUAAACCGCCCAUAUGAUUGUCAUUUGUCAACUGAAAAACUUUUAAAUUCAGGAAUUGAUGUUAGUUGCAUUAAAUUCAAUGACUGGUGGAAAAAUUAUCUAGGCUCUAAAUUAUUUAUAUAA